ACAGGUCGCACCGUCCCGUGCCUUUCAUUCAUUUUUUGAGGCUUUCUGAAGAGAAAACGGGAGCAAAGAGAGAACGAGAAGAGAAUACCUGUGCGUCAAGAUCAUUGCCUGUACUUGCGCAAGGUCUCGAGCGCAAAAGAUUCCUCUUGUCAUGGCAACGCGACAAGUAGAAUACCAUACCGUCCAAGUGGCCAGGGAGUCAUUUUUCCUAGAUGUCCGGUACACUAAUCUUAAACCUAUUGGAGAUGGUUCUUACGGAUUUGUCUGCGCCGCCGAUGACUCGUUAACCGGUCGACGCGUGGCCAUCAAGAAGGUAGGGGACACGUUCAACGACCUGGUCGACGCCAAGCGGGUCUUGCGGGAAAUCAAGCUCCUCCGGGGUGUCCCACCCUCUUCCCCUAUCAUGUUCGCCUGCACAUUCUCACGGAAGCAAAGGCCAGCGACUGCCCUCGAACAUUUCAUAGGGCACGAGAACAUCGUCCAGAUCUACGAUAUCAUGACCGUUCCUCCAAACACGGAAGACUUCCGCGACGUCUACAUUGUCACCAACCUCAUGGAAUCUGACUUGGACCGCAUUAUUGGCUCCAACCAACCAUUGAGCGAUCAGCAUUUUCAGUAUUUCCUCUACCAAGUCCUGCGCGGGCUGAAAUACCUGCAUUCAGCCAACGUCCUCCACCGGGAUUUGAAGCCGUCCAAUUUAUUGGUCAACGCCAACUGCGACCUGACGAUCUGCGACUUUGGCUUGGCCCGGGGGGUGGAGGGCGAGUACGAGGAAGAGCUGACCGAGUACGUGGUCACUCGCUGGUACCGGGCCCCUGAGCUUUUGUGCGACUCCUGCUACUAUGGGAAAACGGUGGACAUCUGGUCUUUGGGUUGCAUUUUCGCAGAAAUGCUGGGCCGGAAGCCUUUCUUCCAGGGGUCCAACCCUUUGCACCAACUGGAGACGAUCGUCGCCAAACUCGGCCUUCCCCCUCCGGAACAGUUGACCUUCGUGACCCAUCCCGCCGCCAAGAAAGCCAUUCUGGCCCGAGCCGAGCAACAGCGACCGCGGCCGCUGCUUUCCUUCUUUCCCCGUGGCACCAAUCCCCAAGCGGUUGCCCUGCUCUCCCGGAUGCUCACUUUCCACCCCGAGCAUCGCAUUACGGUCGAGGAGGCCCUCGCACACCCCUACCUCCACGAAUUGCACUCUCAAAUGGACGAACCCGCGUGCCAGAAAGCCUUUGAUUUUGAAUGGGAACGACCGUUGAGAGGGGCGGGCGGAGACGAGGGGGGAGGGAUGCGAAGAAAGUCUGUGAUACCGAAGCCUGUCCUGCAGCGUUUGAUGUACGCAGAAAUGCUCUUCUUCCGAGGCCUGGAAGAGGAGGAGGGCGGGGAGGAAGCAGGAGGGGAGGGAGCGGAAAGUCUGAAGGAGGAGGAGGCGACUUCUUCCCACCAUAACCACUCGGCUUCUUCCUCCUCCUCCUCGUCGCUGGGCAUGUCGGAGUCGGGGGGAAGAGGUAGGGGUCGCUCGUCCAACCCCGUCUUGCCCCCUCCUCCCUCCACGGCUGCCGCGCUCUUGGCGUGCACUUCACAACGGCAACACCAGCAGCAGCAGCAAGAGGCUAAAGUGCAGGCGCAUGGGCAAGAAGAGAAAACGCGCUCUAACGAGGGAGGUGUCACCGAAACAGGAGGAGCCGUAGGGCCCGAAGGAGGGCGUGAGGGAGGGGAAGGAAUGAAGGAAGGAAGCCGAGGAUGGGCAUCGUCGGCCACGGGGGCAGGAGAGGGAAAGGAGGGUCCGAUCGAGAGCCAAACAGGAAAAUUAAAGCACAUUGAGCGGUAAAGAGAUAGCGCCGAGAUCUGCACACCCUGAUCAGGGUAUAACGGGUCAAUGGUCAGAAUAGGGCAUUUGCCGGCUGUGACAGACAGGAAGGAAUGGAAAUAGUGCGACCAGACCUGACCAGACCUCAGGACACUUUGCUCGCAGGAACUUCAGGCGGAGGAUGGAAGAUGAUACAUGUCAGGCACCGUCUCGCAAAGGCGCGGCAGGGAGGCCUCAAGGGAAGGGGGAGCAGACAAAGCGCAAAUCAGGGCUGGGGAAGAACGGGAAAAAGGUGCCACCGUGCAUACACUGUGCUGCCUAUAUAUAAAUCAAAGAUGGCGGUUGAACCUUGCCAUAAGAGUGCAACGCACUCACUCUCUCCUUGAACUUCACAGGGUCUAGUAACGCCGAAGUGUGAAGAAAGAAAAACGACAUUGGGGACUAAAUGCUCGGUGGGGAGCAUGAUAUUUG